GCCUGCUCCUCCUCUCGCGAGAGGCUAUAGAGGCUUGAGGCGCGGAGCCGGCGGCAGUGGAGCAGCAGCCGGGAGCAGGUUCCCGGCGGUAGGUGAGCGCUCCUUAGCUGGCGGGAGAAGCCGACCUUCCCGAUUGGCAACACAAAAUUCUAUGAUGAUGAAAAGUAUCACACUUUGUACUUAAAACAACUUUAUCUACCAAGUUAUGUGGAAAACGCUGGCUAAAAGUGGCUAUGUCUGGAUUUUGAGGCUUUUAGGUCCAUCAGCACUGCAAGGAUGGCAAACUUUGGGAUCUCUGCUGGCCAGUGGGUGGCUGUGGUCUGGGAUAAGUCAUCCCCUGUGGAGGCUCUGAAACAUCUGGUAGAUAAGCUUCAAGAAUUAACUGGCGAUGAAGGCCGGGUAUCUGUGGAAAACAUCAACCAGCUGCUGCAGUCUGCCCACAAAGAAUCUAGCUUUGACAUUAUUUUGUCGGGUGUAGUCCCUGGAAGCACCAGUCUUCACAGUGCUGAGAUUUUGGCCGAGAUGGCCCGGAUCCUUCGGCCUGGCGGAUCUCUGUUUCUGAAGGAACCAGUAGAAACAGGUGUAGUUAACAAUAGCAAAGUGAAGACACUAUCUAAGCUGAGUUCGGCCCUGACUCUUUCUGGUCUUGUGGAUGUGAAAGAGCUGCAGCGGGAGCCCUUGAGUCCUGAGGAGAUCCAGUCAGUUCAAGAACACUUGGGCUAUCAGAGUGACAGCUUGCUCUCUGUUCAGAUCACAGGCAAAAAACCCAACUUUGAAGUGGGUUCCUCUAGUCAGCUUAAGCUUUCUUUUGCCAAGAAGGCUCCUUCAGUGAAGCCUGCUGUGGACCCUGCUGCUGCCAAGCUCUGGACCCUCUCAGCCAAUGAUAUGGAGGAUGAGAACAUGGGUCUCAUUGACUCAGAUGAGCUGCUAGAUCCAGAAGACUUGAAGAAACCAGAUCCAGCUUCCCUACGGGCGCCUUCUUGUGGGGAAGGAAAGAAGAGGAAGGCCUGCAAGAACUGCACUUGUGGCCUUGCAGAAGAACUGGAAAAAGAGAAGUCACGGGAACAGAUGAGCUCCCAACCCAGGUCAGCUUGUGGAAAUUGCUACCUGGGCGAUGCUUUCCGCUGUGCCAGCUGCCCCUACCUAGGGAUGCCAGCCUUCAAGCCCGGGGAGCAGGUGCUCCUAAGCAACAGUACCCUCAAUGAUGCCUAGGAGGGACCCCACUCGGACACAUCUCCAGCGGAUGCCGGCCCCUCAAACCCACCACUAUGGCUCCGAAUUCUGCUGGAUUUGCUCACUCUCUGUUGGCAGUCCACUUGCCGGGAGGGUGCUUAGUAGACAGAAUUAAGUUGGCUGAGGUGCAGUGGUAUGUUGUGCUGCUAUAUAUCAAAAGACCAAGGUAUAAUGGGGACCCCCAGCUGCCCUUAAUGCAUGAGAGGGGAUCUAUUUCUUCACCUAGUCUUUGAGAAAUGGGGUGUGUCCUGAAGAGGCCCCUCUCCUGACAUCAAGAUGCUGCCCAUACCUUCUGUGCCCAGACACCCUUAAUAUGAACGCUGUCUGACAAAGAGGGGCCUGUCUCUGUUCUAAACCCAGCUUUUGUGCUACUAUUUAUCUUCUAGAGUUGGUGGUCUACUCAACAUGCCGUUCUUGGUGACACAAAAUAAGUGUCUCCCAUCCUCAAGGCACCAAAGAACUCACUCCUCGGUUGCUGUGGUCAUACCCACUGUUCUGUGCCCCCUCCAGCACCCCCAUCUUUCCUUCACUGUUCAGCACCUGUUGUCAUUUGUGGUCAUCUCCAGGUAUUAAACUUGUGCACUUCUGCA